AUCAAUAUUGGUAAUUCUGUCAGGCUAUCUCAGUUAAUAUCGAAAGCUUUUAAUAAAAUGUGUGUGCAAUGUAAUGUGGCUGCAAUAAAUUUCAUUUUCCGACUUAAAUGAAUAUGUACAGAUUUUUUAUGCUGAUCUUUCUCGGUUAUGCAAACACGGAUUAUUGUUUUAACAACACCAUACUCAAAGUGCCUCCGUGGCCUUUGGAGAGUUGUUCGCCGGCACUUGCUGAGACUUGCAAACCAGAAAACGAUUUUAUCGAACAGAGCAACUGUGACUACAAAAUUUGUGACCAAAACGGCAAAUGCAUCAUAAACGUAGCCCUUAUUUUGCCCGCGGACACAUCUUUUCUCGUUAAUAUUAAAACGGCCAAGGAUAUGGUCCAUAAGGCAGUUACUGACCACCAAAAACACGGCAUUUUGGCGACCGACACCAUCGUCAAAAUUACCUCUUACAAUGACACCUGCACAGCGGAAAAGGCACUUAUCGACCUUUUCCAAGCCAAUAAUAUUUGCCCUCAUGUCGUCAUCGGACCUGUAUGCGAAUACUGCAUAUCUCAAGUCGGUCGAAUUGGCAAAUAUUUGGGUUACGGGGGUAUUCCUAUCAUAACCCCUGGCGGUAUGGUGUAUAAUUUCAUCGAUAAAAAGCAAAAUAUGAAAGAUGAAUAUUAUUUAAUGGCUAACAGUGGCAGCGCCGAUUUUAGAUCCUUCGGAGAAUUUUUCUUUUUAAUUUUAUACGAAUUUGGUUGGAGAAAAACAGCUGUCGUUUUUGACAGAUACCAGCAAUCAGAGGUGGGAGGUGAUAAUUUUUGCAAACUUUUUUUUGAUACCAUAAUAAAGGAUAUAACCGAAUCGGGUUCAGUCAAGCUGGACUACUUACCGGCUGAUGUAGAAAUUAAAAAACUAAACUAUACUGAUGUGAUUAUACAGCAAAUCGGUGCAAAUUAUGGAAUUAUUAUGACAUGCACGUCGCCAAAGAAAUUUAGACAGUUCCUGGUCGAAGCUGAAGCUUUAAAAAUGUUCGAUAAUGGAGAGUAUACUGUCUUCAACUUUCAAAUAUAUCACAAUGUUUCAAACCCCAUAAGACCCUGGGAAGAUCCGGACGACAGGGAAAAAAACGACAUAGUGAAAAAGGCCUAUAGAUCAGUGUACACUUUUGUCCCUUCUCUGCAAGCAGACUUCAGCAAAGUGAACAAAACGUCCGACAAGGGUGAGAACGUUUUACAUGGCGUUUACGAUGGUAUGGCGAUGUACUUGCAAACUCUCAACCAAACCUUCAGUUUUAAACCGAACGAAUCGGUUCUGGGAUGCGAGUUGUAUUUUAAUAUGUCCGGAAAUAAGUUCAGUGGUAUUGACGGUGAUUUUCAGACAAAUUGUAACGCUCAAAGGGUCGCCGAAUAUUCUUUGUUGCAUGUCAAUGGCGAUGAUGAGUACGAAGUGGUGGCAAGGUAUACUUCCUUAAAUAAGACCAUAACGUAUUGGAAUGUUUCUUGGCCUUUUGGCAAGAUCCCCUCGGAUACUCCUGAAUGUGGGUUUGAUAACAUCAAAUGUCCUGUUAUUGAUUCGGUUAACGUUGUUAUGAUUUUACUCAUGGUGCUUCUGUGUGUGGUAAUAACUAUUUUGUCGUUCGUAUUUUAUAGGCAAUACAAGUUAAAACGGGAUAUUUAUUCGAACGCUUGGAAGAUUCACUACGACGACAUAAUAUUUUUCCCCAAAAGACUAAGAUCCCAAUCGAUAGGUUCAAUAAAAACAGAAGCAAAUUUUAGUAUUUUCGGCGAUAAGCAAGUGUACGCCACCGUGGCCUACUACAAUAACUGUCACGUGGCAGUGAAACAUCUGAAGGAAGUCAAAAUGGAUUUGAGUCACCAGCAAUUGGUCGAACUGAAGGAUAUGAAGGAUUUGGCCAACGACAACCUGGUGAAAUUUUACGGGGCAUCAGUGGACAUUCCGAACUGCAUCGUGACGGAAUACUGCCCGAGAGGCAGUCUGCAGGACAUCCUGGAAAACGAUAAAAUCAACUUGGAUUGGAUGUUCAAAAUGUCCUUGCUGAUGGACAUCGUGCGAGGCAUCGUAUACCUGCACAAUUCACCCAUUAAAUCUCACGGUGCCCUCAAAUCAUCGAAUUGUCUUGUGGACGGUAGUUUUAAAGUGAAAAUUGCGGAUUUUGGCCUCAGUUUUCUCAGAGUGCAUUCGUUGGAGGAGGAAGACUGCGAUUCACAUUCCUACUGGCAAAGGCAGCUAUGGACGGCCCCUGAAUUACUUAGGAUGACCCGUCGACCUCCCAGGGGAAACCAAAAGGGAGACGUGUAUUCUUUCGGAAUAAUAAUGCACGAAAUUAUAACCAGGGAGGGAGUUUUCUAUUUGGGAAACGAUGAAAAGGAUGCCAAACAAAUCAUCGAAACGGUAAAAAAAGGUCCAGACGCUAACAAUGGUCAGCCGUUUCGUCCUGUUUCUACCGAAGCAAUUUGCGAGGACGAAGUGGCCCAAAUGAUGAACAAAUGUUGGGCCGAAGAUUCAGCCGACCGCCCAGAUUUUACGCAGCUUAAAACAAAGCUCAAAGACUUAAACGAUGGAAAUCUGUUGGACAACCUUCUGGCACGUAUGGAACAAUACGCCAAUAAUUUGGAAACUCUCGUUGAAGAACGCACAGCCGACUAUUUCGAGGAAAAAAGAAAGUGCGAGGAGUUGCUCUAUCAACUUUUGCCGAAGACGGUCGCGAGACAAUUGAUAUCCGGCGAAUCGGUGGUGGCCGAAUCUUUCGAUCAAGUCACCAUUUAUUUCAGCGACAUUGUCGGCUUCACCGCCCUCUCAGCCGAAAGUACUCCGUUACAAGUCGUUGAUCUACUCAACGAUUUGUACACCUGUUUUGAUUCCAUCAUCGAGAAUUUCCAUGUUUACAAGGUCGAGACAAUCGGAGACGCCUAUAUGGUCGUGUCAGGUCUACCCGAAAGAAAUGGUAAUAUUCAUGCCAGAGAAAUAGCUAGAAUGUCGCUAGCAUUGCUAAAGGCAGUAAAACACUUUCAAAUCCGCCACAGACCGACUGAUCCCUUGCAGUUGCGAAUCGGAAUUCAUACGGGGCCCUGUGUUGCCGGGGUGGUGGGUCUCAAAAUGCCCAGAUAUUGUCUUUUCGGCGACACGGUUAAUACUGCUUCGCGUAUGGAGUCCAAUGGACUUCCUCUCAGAAUCCACGUCAGUCCUAUCACCAAAGCGGUUUUGGAUACUUUUGGCUCUUUCAUCUUAGAAUGCAGGGGCGAGAUUGAAAUGAAAGGAAAAGGUAAGAUGACAACUUAUUGGUUGAACGGCGAAAACCUUCCGGAAGCAAUUCUGGAGGCGCCUCAAAAGAAGAAGUUCAUCGCUACGCCUCUUCCAUCGCCCAAAAAAAGUUCGGGUAAGUCAGCAAGGAACAUAACCAUUCAAACGCUCGAUGAAACUGAGGUACCCUUGCUCUCCAUUACGUCUGACCACUGAAUUAUUUGAGAUUAAAACGACCUGAUCCUUUUUGUGCUCGUGUACAGCAUGUUUGCUACUAUCGACUACGCUUCAGAUUGGUGAUUUCAAUGUACAAAAACAUCGAUUUGAUAGGAUUUAGGCUGGCUGGAAAAUUGGCAUUCUGUACAGGGUAAUUAAUACAUACUAUAUAUCAAACUAUUCUGUACACAGAAUAACAUUUGGUUGGAGAAACAUGUCUCGAAAUAUAUCACCAAAUGUGUUUCCGAAUCAAAUUUUAUUCCCAUCUCAAAUAUUUGUCAUCAAAAAUAUAAGUGUAAUAGGAAAUAGAGUACAAGCUGCUUCCCAAUAUACUAAAAGAAAUCGAUUAACUAAAGUAAUUGAUUUUUGAUUGAUGUAUGCCUAUCUAUGUGAUCCUCUGACCAUUUCUACUGUGGACCAUUGAAUUCUUCAGUAUUAGGUUUCUGUGUUACCAAUAUUACGUUUAACUAAAAGUAUUACCGUAUUUUCACGUAUACAGUGUCCUCUGCAUCCGAACGCCUAGAAAGAGAGUGGGGGUAUUUAACUUCAAGCAUCAUUUGCGUUUGCAUUUGUACUGGUUAAGGUGACUAGGUAACAUUUUAAGAAUCUGAAUCAUUUUUCAAAGUAAAUUUAUUCUUAAAAACUGAAUGCUGCUAAAAUGAAAAUACGGUAUAUAAUUAGUAUCUAUCCAUGCUUGACUACUACAUAUGUUGUAUGUAAAAUAAAUGUACUGUAUUUAAAAAAUGUAGGUCUUAUACAAAGAGACUGUUUUUAAUGGAGCACAGGGUGAUAUUUUUGUUAUUUUAUAUUUUAAUGGGUCAAUUAUUUUACUUGUUUAUUUUAUACAGGGUUAUACCAUUGAAAAAUAAUUUUCUUAAGUUAUUGCAGUUUGUGUUAUAAAUUAGUAAAAGAGAUUAUUCUAUGUAUAAAAUAGUUUGUUGAAAUUUUAAGAGAUUAUAAUUGUUAUUGCUUAACGUAAAUACAGUUUCGGUGAUUGAUUUUUUUAAAUAUAUAUCCCUCACCCUGUAUAUAUAAUUAAACAAAUAUUUUUAUUUAUUUCUAUAUAUAUUAUAGCUAUAUUAAGUGAGUAGGCUAGAAAACCC